AUGGCGAGCCCUUCAAGCACAAUCAUCAUUGAAGAUGACGAACUACCCCCAAACUGGCGGCCAUCUGAUCCACAAUUCCAAGGGACCUCCCCACGUACAUCUGCUGAGGACACCAUUGUUGAACGAACACAUGCUGCGAGUGGUGGCAUAGAGCCAUCCCGCAAACGCACAAGGGCCGCAAAACAACGCCCUGACACUCUGGACGUUUCUUUCAAAAAACUUCGUAGGACAGUCGAUCAGAAAUUUGAAAAGCUCGAACGAGAAGCCGAAAAGCUGCAACAGAAAAUCCAGGAACUUCAGAAUGAGCUUCUCCAAAAGGAAGAACAGCAUCAAGAGGAGCUUCUUGGACGACGAAUGCUAGACUGCAAAAUCUGCUACGAGCAGCCGGAUUGUUGGGGGACUAUGCUAUGCGGGCACAUGGCUUGUCAGUCAUGUAUCAAAAAAUCUAAUCCAGAAGAUAGGCGUGUAUAUACUGCUGAAGACCAAAUUUGA